AUGGCUCAGAUCACAAGCGAAGGGUUUUGUUUUUGUGCCGAGAGCGGGACCUCUCGGGUAGGCCCAGGGAAGGUCAGGGCUCGCAGGUGUCCCCUCGCUGGACUGCGAGCCCGGUCCUGCCAGUCAGUGUCCCGCCUGCAGGCCAAGCCGUCCAGCUCCUCACCCUUCUUGCCUGCUGGCUUCUCGUACCUAAUCAGACUGGCCCGGAGUGAGUGUGUGGUGCUGCCCCUGUUGGUGAUGACUGUCACUUCUUGUCCUCUUCCAUCUGCCCUUAGGGAGCAGCUGAGGUUCCACUACAGCCUGGGGUGCCACUGUGACAACCAUUAAGAACAGCUACACAGCUUUUACCAUCUUUCCUGCUAUAGCUAUGGCUCCACAGUGUAUGGAAAUGGGCCCAGUCCUGAGAAUCCUGAACCACUAGCUGGACCAGGGGCCAUUCCUGAGGAAACCACAGCCCCAGAUGAAAACCAAGCUGAAGACCUUCAAAGGGACCCAAACCUUCAUCUGAAUAUUGAAGAAUCAGACAAGGAGUUCAUGGCAGAAAGUGAAGAGCUGUACGACUCCCUGAGGAUGUCUCUGGACACUGUUCUGCCUAAUAUCCCAGAUGACUCCCCCACUGUGAAAUAA